AUGUCGCCUACGGGAAACCGGCUUUUGGUUUAGACUCCGAUUUCCCGAUUGACCCGUAAUCUCGACGUUGGCUAAUAACGAUAUCAUUCGUUAUCCGACGUGAUGCGUGAGCAUUCGUCUUCGAACAUCUUGGCAAGCGAAUCCUCUCAAGAGACUCGAGACAGUUGAUUUGCAUUCGUUUCACUGGUGGUCCAGUGAUGACGACGUUGAAUCGCGAGGAGCCUCGGGACAAAAGAUUGAAUAACGCAUAUAAGAUAAAUAAUGUACGCAUAAUAAUUGAAGGACAUUUCAAUGUACUUGGCACGGACGCGCGUCUGUCGAGUUUUGCUUGUGCUAUUUUAGCUGUAACCUUGCGACAUCACAUUGUAGUCUCGCGUUAUGUAGUACACUCAUCUCAAGGCGGUUGUCUCGCGAGAUCACCUUUCUCGAGCGCGAUGCCGGCGAGUUUGACCGUUAUCGAUUUCAAGGGUCUUGGUCUGUAUGAUUCACACUUCAUAGAGAUAUUUAAAGAUCGAGAUAGCGUUACGUUAGACGACGACUCACAGUAGUAGAUACCCGGAUUUCUGUUGCACGCACCGGUUACAUGAUUAUACCGCCGUUUAUCUGGUUUAUCAGUCGCAUCCGCAUGGGUGUAACGCCGAAUGUCACUUGCGUAAUCCCACGUGUUUCGGGCUCUUAUCAAGGUCGUCGAGCGGAACAUUAGUCGCCGUGAUAAUAACUAUAAUAAUGAGCCUCAGCCUUGCGUCCAUCG